CGACCUUACCUAGGGCUGAUGACUAUAUCUUACCCGGCGGUGUUUUGUUAGGCGCUGCUGCAACUCUCAAUGAUCGUCUCCUUGUCUUCCGACCACCACCAUCCUUUCCUUCACUGCCGGUGCUAUGCCCGUUAAUAUUCUCACCGCCCAAGCAGGCCUCCGGGUUGGGCCUCUAUUGCUCGAGACACUCGUGAAGCAUUACUUUGACCGAAUUACCAAGGACGCGCUCAAGAAGACGGAGGUUCAGCUGAGACGUGAUGAACUUUUGUACGACCAGGCCUUCAAUAUCAUCAAGAUGUUCUUGGAGGUAGCAACGUACCAUACUGUAGAGGAAGUCCAAGGCUUUGGAAACACACGGACGCCGUCUCCUCCCUGGGUACGCGUUGUAAGAGUACUGGUGCCGAUGUCAUGCUGUGAUGAAGCAGCUACAUACCUUGUUCAAGCUCUAGGUGGUGAGGAAACUGCACGGCGUGUUGUAGGUGGGGUGAAGUGGUGGCAGGUGCGAGGUGUCAGCGGCGUCGAUGGUCAGUGGAUAACUGCGAAGAAGGACUGGCGAGAGGCCAAGCGACGGUACAAGAUGCAACAGAAAUCUAAACCUGACGUUGACCCGGUGCCAGAGACCGGUGAAUCAGCGACUUAUGACAAAGAUAUGGAUGAAAUGCGUUGUAUUCUAUAUCUGCACGGAGGUGGAUAUUAUUUUGGAAGCGUAGACCAAGAGAGAUACAGCAUUCAGCGACAUGCUCGCAAAAUUAAUGGACGUGUAUUCGCCGUAAAUUAUCGUUUAGCCCCCCAAUACCCAUUCCCUUGCGCGCUUCAAGACGUGUUAGCCGCCUAUUUAUACUUAAUAAACCCUCCCCCGGAUGCUCAGCAUCGUCCGGUCAAGCCGUCGCAUAUAGUUGUCGCCGGAGAUUCGGCGGGAGGUGGCAUAUCUUUAGCGCUGCUUCAAGUCAUUCGAGACAGUGGCCUACCUAUGCCUGCAGGAGGCGUUUUAAUAUCACCUUGGUGCGAUUUGACACAUUCCUUUCCGAGCAUUCACCUCAAUACGGACACUGAUAUCAUUCCUAAGUAUGGGUUGUCUCUCCAGAAACCGAGUGCGUUAUGGCCACCCCCGUCCCAGGAGAUGACACGGAUUGUGCACGCUUCUCUUCGCUCCCGUAUACGACAGGCAUUCAAGAUGGAUCCGCAUGAGUCCAACACAUUAGUGACGACCAUUAACGGACCUAGAUGUACUUCAGCUUCCGGAAUGCCUGUAGAUGUCGGUGCAACGGCACCUCUUCCUUCGCUGGGUUCAGGUAGCCAAACGAUCAACAUGACUACGACAUCGGGAGAUGUGCUCAAGAUUGAUCAGCAAGUGCACAUGUAUGCGCAGAAUAGCCUUUUAGGCCACCCUCUUGUUAGCCCAGCCAUGUCAUAUUUGGGAGGCCUACCGCCUCUGUUUUUUAUUGACAGCGAUAAAGAAGUUUUACGUGACGAAAUAAUUUACGCUGCACAUAAGGCAGCAUACCCAGAAAAAUACCCCAUUAGAGAAGACAUUCGAGAGUCAUAUCCACCACUUAAAGGUAUUGAAUCACGGCACAAAGCUACGCGCGUACACUUACAGGUUUAUGAUGAUGCUGCCCACACUUUGCCCGUCCUGUUCUCAUUUACUACGCCGGGAAAAUAUUGCUAUCGUGCCAUCGCCUCGUUCUGCAAGUCUGUUACGGGGAUGAAUCAAACCCCCCAAAGUCCUGUUGACGGAUCGUUUACUAUUCCGACUCCUCCACACACGCCUACACGCAAUACAUCUACAGCCAACCUACCGUCCCCGCAAAAACAAGAGCCAACGUCCCGCAUAUCUUCAAUGACGCUUUCAUUCACACCUCCUGAGAUGGCUGAAGACGAAAGAGACUUCUCCCCCGCCCAACCGCAGAAGAGAUCGUUGCGGCGAGCAUUUUCUGAGUCUAUACGGAAGCGGUCAAUGCCUCAAGUCUGGAAUAAACAUCACGGAUUACAUCCUUUGGCACCUGCUGAGCAUGCAAAUGAUGAUACGUUAAAUGGGAACGGGGAUUUUCUCAAGAAGGACAGUUCAUCUGGUGAUGUAGCUGAUCCUGCCGUUUAUGCGGAGACUUUUGACAAUCCGGAUUGGGAGGGCAUCAUGAUUCGAGAGCGCGUAUCCACCCAAGGCAUCAUACGACCACUGGAACCAGAAUCCGAGCUUGACGCUCUGAAAGUCCCCGUCGAAUUCAUGGGCGCUAAGUUUGACAAGAAAUUCUCCCAUGCGGUCAAAGCUAUCGAGAAGCAUCGGAUAGAUAACCUCAAGCGGGCAAAGAAGGAUACGAUCCGGAAUAUUGCUGUUCUGCAGCAUUCUUUGGAGAGUGAGGGAGACAAAACGAUCAAGGAUGGUUUGUUGGAGGCUUCGGGGAGUUGGAGUUGGGCUUGGGCGCUUGAUGCGGGGGAGACGCCUCCUCCGAGUAGUAUUGUGUCGAGGCGAGAUACGGAUGAGGCAAGGCGGUUGGCAAAGAUUGCGGACCAGGCGGUGUUACCUGGGGAACAUUCUGUUACGGGCAAUAAUCUGUGGCAGGUGUUGGUGAACUUUUUGACUGUGACACCAGACAAGGAGAAGGAGAAGGGGCACGAGUAUGGAAAGGAAGCCACUCCACGGAGAAGAACGUCGUUGUUCGCCAAGUUUGCUCCCUCGCCGUCGCAAGAGAAGAUGCCAGACACUGGGUCUCGGUCUUUUGCACAAGCUUGACGGAUGGGAAAUAGAUGCAUCUAUUUGUUAUUAUUUCCGACUUGUAGCUGUAUAACUAACAAUAGACUCCUUCACAUAUGCGCUGAGUUCUUGGGUUCACGUUCAAGUCCCGUUG